AUUAUUAUAAAUUAAAACAUUACAAUAAUAAAAUAUAAAAUAAGGAGGAAUAAAUAAUAAUAGAAUUUCCCUAAAUAAUAAUAUAACCCUGGUUUGGUUUCCUUGCUUUGCUUCUCCAUAACCCAUAGCUUAUACCACCUACAAACGACCUCACCCGAUCCCCUACGACUCCUCUCUCUCUCUCUCUGUCUCUCCACACACUUGUAAGUCAAGGAGUUGCAGAUCGAAAUGGGUUGCUCUUCCUCCCUUCCAGAUAGGGGCUCUGGGCGGCUGGCCGGUCCUAAUUUGGAGAACGCUGGUGCCCCUGAUUCGAAAAACUUACGCGUUAAGCUUGUUCUAUUGGGUGAUUCUGGAGUUGGUAAAAGUUGUAUUGUUCUCCGCUUUGUUCGCGGUCAAUUUGAUCCAACAUCCAAGGUGACUGUUGGAGCUUCAUUUUUGUCACAAACAAUAGCUCUUCAAGAUUCUACAACAGUCAAAUUUGAAAUAUGGGAUACUGCUGGCCAAGAGAGAUAUGCUGCAUUGGCUCCCCUUUACUACCGAGGUGCUGCAGUUGCAGUUGUUGUAUAUGAUAUAACAAGUCCGGAAUCAUUCUCCAAAGCACAGUAUUGGGUGAAGGAGCUGCAAAAACAUGGGAGCUCUGAUAUUGUUAUGGCCUUGGUAGGCAAUAAAGCUGAUCUUCAUGAGAAACGGGAAGUAUCUAUUGAAGAUGCAACUGACUAUGCUGAAAAGAAUGGGAUGUUCUUUAUUGAGACUUCUGCGAAGACAGCCGAUAAUAUAAAUCAGCUCUUUGAGGAAAUUGCCAAGCGUCUGCCUCGCCCUACUGCUCAAUGAUUGUUGAAUCUUUGGAAGUCCAUUAGUAAAAUGAUUCACGUCAUGGGGAACCCAUUACCCUCUGUAAUUAUAAGAUCUUGUAUAUUAUGAUAUUAGUUUUCUAUAAACGACUGCAUUUUCAGAUUAUUGUGUUCUUCUAUUGAAAGGUUGUAGUUUGGAAACACCCUUUUUCUCAAGUAAUGAAUAUAGAUAUUCAAGAGAAGAGAGAUCUAAAAGAUUGUGUGUUUGCAGGGUAAGUAAGACAAACUCUUACCUUAAAUGAUUGAAUUUCUUUCCUUAUAA